AUGGCGGAUGAAGAAGCUGAACAGGCCUUUUUCCAGGCGCAGGUAGCUAAUGCUGAUGCUGCAGACCCAGUCCCAACUGAGGAAGAACCUGCAGACGUCGACGAUGAUGACGAUGAAUAUGACCCCUCCAAAACUUUGGACGAAGAGUACCAGCCCUCUGCGCGCGAAUUCCAAGACGAUGAAGAAGACCUACCCGAUGACAGCACUCUGAAUCCGACCGUUUCCUCAGACAUAGACACAGUCGCCGCCGCUAACGCCCCGAUUGCUUCCCAGAACCCCUCGCGUACUGAGUCUCAGAGGUCCACCCCGGUACCACCCGCUGGUGCAUCCGUACAGCCCCAGACCAGGACGAUUGGGGGAUUUGUGGAUGAAGAAGAUGAUGAGGAUGACAAAGAAGAGGCGGACUAUGAGCCGCCGGCUGCGCUGGAAGUGGAUGAAGCAAAUGCCAUGCCUAUGACCCUGUCUGAAGAUCCAAGUUCAGGAAAUGCAAUUCAAAACACUCUCCCUGAUGUAUCAUCACAACCGGCUGUGCAUUCCGCUGCCUCCGUGCCAGAUGUUGCCAAUAGUUCUUAUUCUCCUGUUCCUGUUUCAAAUAUUGAUCCUUCUGCUUCUGGUCCCACUCAGUGGGCUUUGCAUGAUGCGAGCCUCCAGAACAGUACUGUUCCUACCCCUGUACCUGACUCACCUUCUGCCUCCAGAGGUCGCUUGCCUCAUGACCGCGUGGGAAUCCUGCAGGACAGGGUUGAUGAGGAUCCACGAGGAGAUAUUCCUGCUUGGCUGGAGCUAAUUUCUGAGCACAGAAGUCGUAACAGACUUGAUAGUGCCCGUGAAGUCUACGAACGAUUUCUGAAACUGUUUCCCGAUGCGGCUGACCAGUGGGUGGCAUAUGCGACUAUGGAAUCUGAGCUCAACGAACUUUACCGCCUGGAACAGAUUUUCAGCCGAACCCUUCUCACAGUUCCAAGUGUCCAGCUCUGGUCGGUCUAUCUUGAUUACGUGCGUCGCCGAAAUCCUUUGACCACAGACACAAGCGGAGACGCCAGGCGUGUAAUCUCGUCAGCCUAUGAUCUAGCUCUUCAAUAUGUCGGAAUGGACAAAGAUUGCGGAAACAUCUGGUCUGAUUAUGUUGAGUUCAUUCGCUCUGGACCAGGCACCGUUGGAGGAUCGGGCUGGCAAGACCAGCAGAAGAUGGACCUGUUGCGAAAGGCUUAUCAAAAAGCCAUCUGUGUCCCAAACCAAGCUGUUAAUACUCUGUGGAAGGAGUAUGAUCAAUUUGAGAUGGGUCUCAACAAGCUAACAGGUCGAAAAUUUCUGCAAGAGCACUCGCCAUCCUAUAUGACUGCGCGUAGCUCGCAGGUCGAACUGCAGAACAUCACUCGUGACCUCGUCAGAACUUCUCUGCCUCGAUUGCCGCCUGUACCAGGAUCCGAAGGUGAUGUUGAGUUUGCCCAGCAGGUUGAUAUUUGGAAGCGUUGGAUUGCCUGGGAAAAAGAAGACCCCUUAGUCCUGCAAGAAGAUGAUGCUGCCGCGUUCAAAUCUCGUGUGCUGUACGUCUAUAAGCAGGCACUUAUGGCUCUCAGAUUUCUUCCUGAAAUGUGGUUUGACGCGGCCGAGUUUUGUUUUUUGAACAACAUGGAAAAAGAUGGUUCCGAUCUGUUAAAAAAAGGUAUCGAAGCUAAUCCCGAGAGCUGUCUGUUAUCCUUCAAGUUGGCCGAUCGGCUGGAGGUUACGUCAGAUACCGAGCAAGAUGUUUCCAAACGGGCAGCUAAAGUCAAAGAGCCUUAUGACAAGUUGCUUGAUGCUCUUUACGAUUUGAUUGAAAAGGCCCGGAACCAAGAAGCCCAGGAUGUGUCACGCAUUGAGGAGACAUUCGCAAAGCAGAACCCAGAUGCUCCACCAGUGCAUGAUGAGGAUGACGAUGAUGCUCCCAGCGAGGCCAAGGAGAAAGAAGCUGCCAAGAAGGCACAAAUUGACGCCGUCCGGGAGGCUCAUUCUAUUCAAAUCAACACACUUUCCAAGACCAUCUCAUUCGCUUGGGUAGCACUAAUGCGUGCUAUGCGUCGCAUCUCGGGAAAGGGAAAGCCAGGCGAGGUGGCUGGUUCUCGCUCAGUAUUUGCUGAUGCCCGCAAACGAGGUCGAAUCACGAGCGAUGUCUAUAUUGCCAGUGCCCUUAUGGAGUAUCACUGCUACAAAGACCCUGCCGCAACCAGGAUCUUUGAGCGAGGUGCGAAGUUGUUUCCAGAAGAUGAGAAUUUCGCCCUCGAAUACUUGAAACAUCUCAUUGAUAUCAAUGAUAUUAUCAAUGCCCGGGCUGUGUUUGAACUGACUGUCAGGAGACUGGCCACCAAGCCAGAAAAUGUUGAAAAGGCCAAACCGAUCUUUGCUUUCCUUCACGAGUAUGAAUCGCGGUAUGGAGAUUUAGUUCAAGUUAUCAACUUGGAAACCCGGAUGCGCGAACUCUACCCCGAAGACCCCUUAUUGGAUCAGUUUUCCCACCGGUACUCAACGCCAAUCUUCGACCCUAUGACCGUUCGUCCUAUUCUGUCACCCUCGCAAACUCGGCCCAAGUCAAUUCUUCCGGGAAUGGCGCAGGAGUCUCGUAGCUCCCCGGUGCCGCACCUGGAUACUUUGAACUCUCCAAAAAGGCCAUUCCCCACUGACGACUUUGAUUACGACUCGGAUCGCCCACGCAAGUUUGUUCGUGCCGAAUCCCCAUUGAAGGCCGUGCAAGGUCGCCGGCUGGACCAGCAAAAGCGAGGCAUCAACGGUCAGACCACAUCAUCGUACAAACCUCAAGGAUCUUCGACACCUUUGCCUCGAGAAGUGGUACAAUUGCUCAGUAUCAUUCCUCAUGCGUCCGCUUACAACAUCGCACGCCUCUCCCCAGAGAAGAUGGUUGAUCUGAUUCGUUGCAUCGAUGUUCCCUCCUCUCCUUCCCAUAUUCCCCUUCCUGCGAAUGCGCGGGGCCUUGGAGCCCCUCAGUCCUCCGGUACGAAUCCCCCUGGCGGUCAAUUGAGACACAUUUCCUCAAACAUACGAAUCCCCUCGGAAUCAUUUAUUUUCUAA